CCAGCGAAUCACUUUUGUUCGACGAGCUUGCUCACGCUCUCCCAGACAAGAUUUGCGACCAGGUCUCUGAUGCCAUCGUGAGUCGCGCCGGCGCCUCCAAAAAUCAUCAACCACAAUAUUCACACCUUUCCACAGCUCGAUGCUUGCCUGGAGCAGGACCCAUUCUCCAAGGUUGCUUGCGAGACCGCUUCCAAGACCGGAAUGAUCAUGGUCUUCGGUGAAAUUACCACCAAGGCCUCUAUCGACUACCAGAAGGUCAUUCGUGAGACCAUCAAGCAGAUUGGCUACGAUGAUUCCUCAAAAGGCUUCGAUUACAAGACCUGCAACAUCCUUGUCGCCAUCGAGCAGCAAUCGCCGGAUAUCGCCCAGGGUCUCGACCACGGUUCCCUCGAGGACCUCGGUGCUGGUGACCAAGGCAUCAUGUUCGGCUACGCGACUGAUGAGACUGAAGAGUGCAUGCCUCUCACCAUCGUUCUCGCGCACAAGCUCAACGCCGCUCUCGCCCUCGCCCGCCGCACUGGUGCUCUUCCAUGGCUCCGCCCCGACUCCAAGACCCAGGUCACGAUCGAGUACAAGAAGGAUGGAGGUGCCACCAUCCCUCUCCGUGUCGACACCGUCGUCGUCUCCACCCAGCACUCCGAGGACAUCACCACCGAGGAACUCCGCCACGAGAUCCUCGAGAAGGUUGUUAAGAAGGUUAUCCCCGCCCACCUUCUCGACGACCGCACCAUCUACCACGUAAGUUCGUUCUAAUGU